AAACUAUUAACAAUGAUCGAACAAAUUAAUGAAAAAUAUACUGAAGCUGUCUUGGAUUACGUACCAAAGCGUAGAAGGAUUAUUGUUUGCAUGGACGGUACAUGGGAAACACCUGAAGGAAAAACCAACGUUUUCAAGUUCUUUAAUGAAGUGGAUCAAACGCCAGGUCCAGACAAUGAUUGGGAUUACAUUUUAGAUUACAGUUCUGGACUCGGCACUCACGGAAGGCAUCCCAUCUUGGGCGGUCUUUUUGGAUACGGUAUUUCUCGACAAAUUCUAUCUGCCUACAGGUUUAUUAGCAAGUAUUAUCGCGAUAACAAUGAUCAAAUCUGGCUUGUUGGGUUUAGUCGCGGAGCAUUUGCUGUCCGAAGCUUAACCGGUAUGAUCUAUAAUGUUGGCUUAUUACCAGAAAACAAGUUAUCUAAAGCAGAUGAGGCCUAUCGACUCUAUCGCAACAAAGGCGAGACCAGCCGACCCUAUAGAACAUUGUCAGUUGCAUUCCGACAAGCCAAUAACUGUAGAUCAGCUGAAAUCUACUUUAUUGGCUGCUUUGAUACGGUCGGCGCUUUGGGUGUUCCAAAGCUCCCGUGGUUCCUGGGUGGCUCAACAUUCUAUAGCUUAUUUCUUGGCCUUCAUGGAUUUCAUGAUACAAGACUCAGUCCUAUUGUCAAGCAUGCUUAUCAUGCCAUGUCAAUUCACGAUCAACGAGCAUGGUUUAAGGUGACACCUAUGCACUUUUCAAAAAAGAAGCCUGACCGAGACUCCAAUCAGAUACUUGAACAAGUCUGGUUUCCUGGUAUGCACGCUGAUGUUGGAGGACAAGAAUACGGCAAUAAAGAUAAUUUGUUAUCCUGUCACUCGUUGCAUUGGAUGAUGAAGAAGGCUCGAGAAAACGGACUCAAGUUCAAAAGCGAUAGUAAAUAUAUUGGUCCUUUUUGUUGCCUCGGAAACCAUCGUUUCUUUUACUCGGAUAGUUAUAAGAGUUCUCUUAUUUAUCGUAUCAUGCCUCGAGAAGACCGUGUCAUUGACAAGGAUGAACUGACAGGCGAUUAUCGUAUCAGCCAACUAUACCAAGAUGGUCAAUUCCUUAGUUUUCUCACUCAAGAGCAAUUGGACAUGUACAAGUCGAAAACACUACAAACAUUCUAUCAAUGUUUAGGUGAACAAUUGGUUGAGAGAAAGGGUGUUGUUCCAGUAUAAAAAUUUUAAUAUACAUAAUUUAUAAGAUAACCGGAAAUAAAUUUUAGCCUAAACUUGA